UACCCUAAAUUCAAUAACCCCCAAUUGAACCAAAGGGGUUUUUCUCCUCUUCUUCUUUCUUCUCCCCCAAAUUCCUUUGCUUACAGUAACUCUGCAAAAAUGCUUCACCGUUCAUCUCUUCAUCUCCACAAAUUACUCUCCCGACACGCUUUCGGCAAAUCUCCACGGACCAAAUCCCAAUUUCCGACAACCUCCGCCGCAAAUUUCUCGAAUCAAAUCUCCCCAUACCACAGCCUCAACAAACCCCAUUGUUUCUACACUCCGGCAGCUGUAUCGAGAUUCAAUUCUCCGUUUUUCCAGGGUUUCAGGAAUUUCAGCGCGGAAACCGACAAAGAAGUGGAUACAAUCAACCUCAAAUUCGCCGAAGCGAGGGAGGAGAUAGAGUCGGCCAUGGAUUCCAAAGAAACCGUGUAUUUCAACGAGGAGGCGGAGUGCGCGCGUGAAGCUGUCGGAGAAGUUCUGGAAUUGUAUAAAGUGCUUCUGGAGAAGCUGCCGGAGAAGGAGAAGGCGGCGAUACAGCGGGCGAUGGGACUCAAGAUUGAGCAGCUGAAGGCUGAGCUUGAACAAUUGAAUGAGUAAUGAGUUUCCGAGAAGAGACUGCAGUGCAAUGAAUGGGGAUGCAAUAAGAUGACAAAUAACAACAGAAACAUGAAAUUUGUGAUACCAAAAGAUAAAGGGACUGUUUGGAUGUAUUGUUGUAAGUGCAUCAGAAAUCCAGGUCUUGAGUGACAUAAUAACAACAGAAACAUGAAAUUUGUGAUACCAAAAGAUAAAGGGACUGUUUGGAUGUAUUGUUGUAAGUGCAUCAGAAAUCCAGGUCUUGAGUGACAUAUCUUGUACCCAAACAUAUCUUGUACCCAAACAUGGCAUGCUUCUUUUGUGUCUCCCCUUCUGCAUAAUGAAACAUUUAUUUGGUUCUACAUUUAUAUAUUUAAUCUUGAG